GGAAUUUGAUGCACCUGCACUCCAAGAUUGGUCUCGGCAGUGGGGGGUUGAUGAACCCAUAUACAACGCAUUUGCAGGUCUGUACUGUCUGCAAAGCGAACGGUUUAUUAAGGACCCUACCGAAUAGAUAGAGAAAUUAGGGAACAAAAGGGGGCAAAAAUAGCCACAAACAAAACAUGGCCUCAAACGGCACCGAAAAGGGCGAUUAUCGCCAGUUCCUCCCGGACCUGAGCCACCCUCGCUUCACGACGAUGCAGAAGCAGGAUGCGCACGAAUACGCCAGAGAAUUCAUACAGGGGGGCAACCCACCGUGGCUCCACGCGCUGUACCUGCACUGGCGCGCCCUCUUCCAGGAGCCCUUCCGCGGCGUCACCUCCGACGGCACGGUCCGCACGGGCUUGUUCAAGCCGCAGGACGAAGGCAUCCCGAUCCAAGAGAUUGUCGCCGCCGCGGAAGCGGUCCUGGUGCAGCUGACGCCGGAGCAGGCCGCCGUCACCAGCCACCACAUCGACUCGCCCGAGUGGCGGUCCUGGUCCAACCCCGAGUUCCUCCUCAGCGACAAGGGCCUCCGCCUGGACGAGCUGACGCCCGAGCUGCGCGACGGCAUCCUCCGCGUGCUCGAGACGACGCUCAGCCCCGAGGGCUACCAGAAGGCGCUGGGCGCCAUGCGCAUCAACGGCUUCCUGGGGCAGCUGGUGGGCGCCCCGCGCAUCUGCAACGAGCACUCGUACAACUUUGUCCUGUUCGGGACGCCGUCCACCGCCUCGCCGUGGGGCUUCUCCUUUUACGGCCACCACCUCUGCCUCAACGUGCUGCUGCACCGGACGCAGGUGGUGAUAUCGCCGUGGUUCACGGGCGCCGAGCCCAACGUGAUCGACGACGGGGCCCACGCCGGCACCCGCAUCCUGCAGGCAGAAGAAAAGCUCGGCCUCGAGCUGAUGCAGUCGCUGCCGCCGCACACGCAGCAGGCCGCCCAGGUGUACAAGCUCCUCCGCGACCCGGCCAUGCCGCGCGGGCGCUGGAACCACGACGACCAGCGCCACCUCUGCGGCGCCUAUCGCGACAACCGCGUCGUUCCCUACGAGGGCGUCGUCGUGGCCGACAUGUCGGCGGCGCAGCGGGAUCUCGUGGCCGCCAUCGUCGAGCAGUUCCUGCUGUACCUGCCCGCGCGGGCGAGGGAGCUGCGCAUGGCGCAGGUGAGGGAGUGGUUUGGCGAGACGUACUUUUGCUGGAUCGGCGGGUUCGGCGACGACGAUCCGUUUUAUUAUAGGGUGCAGAGCCCCGUCAUCAUCGUCGAGUUUGAUCACCACUCGGGCGUGUUCCUCACCAACAGGGAGCCGGCAAAGUUCCACAUCCAUACGUUGCUGAGGACGCCGAACGGCGGAGAUUAUGGCAUGGCCUUGAGGCCUUUGCUGGAGGGUAGGGAGCAGGGUUUCGUGUGGGACGGGGAGAUUCCACAUUAGGAUGGACUGUAGUCUGCAGAAUUGUCUAUGUUUCAUUAGUCUUGCUGCUAGGCAAAAUCCAUCGAGCGGAUUCAGGCCUGCGCGGUUACAAACGACGUCAUGAGCUGGCUAUGCGAAAUGUUCUAGCCUGUAUACUCCCGAACAAAGUAGUCCACUAGCUCCGCAGGUAUUCGCAAACAGCUUUCCCCCA